GCUCACCGACUCCCUCCCUUCCCUCCGCGCCGGGAGGCAAAACAGCCCGGGCGGCACCGUCCUCCCUGCUGAACUGCUGCCUACCGCUGGGCAGGGAGGGGGCUGCUUCCAGCCGAGCGGUGAGGCUCCCGAAAGGAAGGUUCCUUGUCCCCCUUCUCCCAUCGCCCGCGGAGGGAGCGCACCAGCAGUGAUGCUGUUCAGUCAGACUGUCAGUUGACAUCUCCAGAGCCGGAGGAAGAGCCGUGCCUGCCAGCGAAAAGCGCGACUUCAACAGCAAAGGAGAAGAAAGUGCACCCGCCGUGUCUGUUGCUGAACAGACAAUAUCCUGACUCCAGCGAUCAGACAGCAGACCUCCUCUGCAUGAAUCCCACUCCCUGGGAGGAGAUGUUCCCAGAUAAAUCAUCAGCAAGCUCAUGGGCUGCACCAGCUGCUCUAGUGCCUAGUUCCAACACCCCUGCCUGCUCUGAAAGAAAGUCAACUUUUUGCGUGUUCCUAACAAGAAACUCAAAACUCCAUACUCUUUAAGCAUGUAUCAAUAGCUCUGGAUUAGGAGAGAAGAGACUCCCCCCAGCAGUCUAGCAAAGCAGACAACAACCUUCCCCAGCUCAUGCAAGGACAAACGACAUGCUGUAGGAGAAUCUGGCAGAAAGCUGACUGACUGGAAAACAGCACCUGCAAAGACCAGAGCUGUGCAAACCUUUGCAGUUCAGUUUGAGAGAAGGACCAAAGCUUUUCACCUACCAAAGGAGGUGGCCUACCAAAAGAAGGACCAAAGCAUUUUCAAGACAAAAUAAAAGCCAGAUACAAAAUAUAAGUCUAAUGCUUGUUGUCGUUGUAAAUGACAAAAUGAGUUGAAAAGGCCUAUAUCAUGCAAUCUGCUUAACUGUGUGAAUCAGCAGUCUUGGGAUGAAGAGGAUGGAACAGUUCUUGCUGAAGCCAUCGUGUAUCCUAAGUUUCCUCUCUUGACCUCCCUGGUGAGUCUGGUAAGAGAAGACAGCAAACCUGAAAGUAAAUGGUGAAAAUGGACCAAAGGUGACAGAGAGCAAUGACUGAGCUUUAUUUCAAAUUCCGUGGGAACCUGACUGGCCGUGUCCACUUUCCAACUCUGGCUACAGAAGCAGGCACAAGAGCAGAUAAGUAUUCCAGCCUCUAUGUGUAUGUGGGAUUGUUUCUAACACUUCUGGCUAUCCUUCUCAUAUUGCUUUUCUCCAUGCUCUUGCGCCUGAAGCAUGUUAUUGCCCCAAUCACCACAUCUCCGGAGAGCACUGAGAAUACAGUCCAGCAGUUCACAGAUGUGGAAAUGCACAGCAGGAUUCCUACCACUUAGAGACCCCAAAGCAAAAAAGCCUCUGUGCUUGUGAAACAUGUUUUGUUCUGCAAAAUGGUGGUGGAAAGAAUCUGCCUGUCUGUUGAGCCCUAGAACUUACUGCACAACCAUCAACAGCAGCACAGAGCAUCUGGAGAGUGUCAGGCAGCUCAGACUGACUGGCUGGGGCCCACUGGCUGUUGACACUACACACAAUGUGUGUGCAACAGCCUCGGUAAAACUGACAUUACAGAAACCUGCUGUUAGGAAAGCCUUCUAUCCCUCCAAAAGGCCUUGCAGAAAAUGGUAGAAGUCGCAACAACAGCCAAAAAACCCAGAGAGACAUGUACCAGAAUGUGUUCUGGAGCCUGGAUUUGCUGACUUCUCUCUCUGCCCUUAAAUUCCUUGUGAAGAGUUGAAUUAAGAAAGUGGCGUAAACAGGAAAAGCCCAUGGGACAUGGACAGAAAUUAUCAGUGGUUUGGAAAUUCUCAGGCAUUUAUCCCAUUCAAGAAGGAAAACCAUAAACUGCUUUUUUCCCACUUGAUUGGCAGAUUUACACGGCAGAGUUUCAGAAGUAUACAAAUGUGUCAUCACCUGCUGGAUGUAUUGCUUCCUGACAUUAAAAACCACACAGGGAAGAGCUGCAUUCCAGAUAUCAGAAAGAGACAGAACUUUUAAAAGAGGAAAGAAAAUAAAAAUAAAAUUGAACAAAGGUUGAAAAUCAAAAGAAAGUGUCAGCAGGAAAUGAGCACCAGGAGAAAAAAAACCUGUUAAAAGACAUUCUACCUCUCUUUGCCUUUGUUCUCCAUUAGAUAACUGAGGUGAAUAUAAUCAUGUUCAUGCCGUUUAGCCUCCCAAGUGUCACUCAGUAAUUAAAAUGCAAUGUGAAGUGUGAGUCAAAUGGACAUCAUUCUCCUAAACAGACCCAAAUUCAUAAUCCCAUGUCCUCUCGUACUCAUGUUGGGUUUUCUUCCUCAAAAGGCAGACCAGGUCUGCCAAAGCUUUUUCACUUUUCAUUUGUUUUCCUCCAAAGAAAGUUGAAGAAACGCCAGGGCCUGGCACUGCAAUAAUGAAUAGGGUGAACAGCUUUGGACAUAGACUAAUAGGGAACAAGUAGAUGGAAAGUUAACUCACUGAGCACUAAAAGAUAGCACUAGAUUCAAAUAUCCUGGCAGAUCAUUUGGAACAGUGAGGAAAAAAAAUGUUUCCUUACAUUUAUGAAAUGAUAAUCUGACCCAGUCCUCUCACCUCUGACUGAUGGCCAGAGACAGACUUUGCUUCUGUGGAUGGGAAAGAUGGAAUCAAAUACAGCAUGUUACUGCUGGGAGAGUCACUGCCUCUUACAGACAAACCUUGGGCAAGAUUGAUUGAGCUACGUGUUUACAAGGCAUGAUUUUUACCCAUCUUCUUUAUUGCAGUCUCAUUCUGGCUUAGCUAUACAAGCCCUGUGUGCUUUCCACAUUUAUAUACACUUA